CCCGUCGCUCUCUCUCUCUCACACUCUCUGAACUUCCGCCUCCGCCGGUCGUAGCGCCGCAGCCUCCACUUCAGCCUUCGAUCGUCAUCGUCGUCGCGGCCUCCACUUCGGCCUCCGCCUCCGCCGGUCGCAGCGCCGCAGCCUCUGGUCCAAGAUCUGAUCUACCAAGCAGAAUUAGCAAAAGGGGCUUGCAAGGAUAGCUUUGUUGGGCUUGCAAGAAACAACAUGCUUUGAUAAAACAAUAAUCACAAGCCUUAAUCCCAUUUGCCUGGGGCAGCAACAUGAAUUCUAUAACUCUUAACGAUUUCUAUUCAUGAUCAUAUCUACCGUAAGGCCAUUAUGCCUUAUGUCAUGUUUAAGGGUUUUGCACCAAAUUUUCUUUGGUCAUCCUUUCCAUUUUCUGUUACAAACUUCAUCCAUUUCAUCCACUCGCCUAUCAAGUGUGUUUAUCGAUUUCCAUCUCACAUGGAGAGACAACUUGGAACGACCCUAGGCCCUCAACCAGGCAUAACACGACCCAUGGAUCUAAAAGGCAUCAACCAUUAUUUGAUCCCAACACCUCUGCAAGAACCUAAUAAUUUCACUUGGAAACAGACUAUAAUUGAUCUUCUAAAGGCAUGUUCAAGCUUGAAGCAGUUGGGAUCAAUAUAUGCAUUCAUGGUUAAGACAAACACCAACGAAGAUUGUUUCCUAGUGAACAAAUUUAUCACUGCUUGUUCAGUAUUUCGUCAAAUAGAUUAUGCAGUUUUGGCCAUUACCCAGAUGAGAAACCCUAAUGUUUUUGUGUACAAUGCGAUGAUCAGAGGCUUUCUUCAUUGUUCUUCCCCAAUUCGAGCUCUAUUGCUUUACUUGGACAUGCUUAGAGCGCAAAUUUGUCCCACUAGCUACACGUUCUCGUCUAUAGUUAAAGGUUGCACGCUAGUAUCUGAUUCAAAAUUCGGGGAGGGUGUUCAUUGCCAUAUAUGGAAAUUUGGAUUUGCAACACAUUUAUAUGUUAGGACUGGUUUGAUUGAUUUGUAUGCGAAUUUUGGUAAAGUAGUUGAAUCUAGACAAGUGUUUGAUGAAAUAUGUGAAAGGGAUGUUUUUGCAUGGACUACAAUGGUUUCUGCUUAUGCCAGAGUUGGGGAUGUUGGUUCUGCAAGAAUUUUGUUUAAUGAGAUGCCUGAGAGAAACACUGCUUCGUGGAAUACAAUAAUGGAUGGAUAUGCCAAAGUAGGGGAUAUUAAGACUGCUGCCUUGUUGUUUGAUGAAAUGCCCACGAAAGAUUUAAUUUCAUGGACGACAAUGAUCACUUGUUAUGCUCGAAACAAGCAAUAUACUGAAGCAUUGAUAGUUUUCAAUGAGAUGAAAAACCAAGAUAUCAACCCUGAUGAGAUGACCAUGGCAACUGUUAUUUCAGCUUGUGCACAUAUUGGAGCCUUGGACUUGGGAAAGGAAAUACAUCUCUAUGUAUUGCAAAAUGGCUUUGCACUUGAUUCUUAUCUUGGCUCUGCAUUGAUUGACAUGUAUGCUAAGUGUGGGAGUUUGGAUAGAUCACUUGUGGUGUUCUUCAAAUUGCAGGACAAAAAUCUAUUUUGCUGGAAUUCUGUAAUUGAUGGGCUUGCAUUCCAUGGUCAUGCAUAUGAAGCAUUGGCAAUGUUUAGUAGGAUGGAGAGGGAGAAUAUAACACCAAACGGUGUCACUUUUGUUAGUGUUCUUAGUGCUUGUACUCAUGCUGGACUAGUUGAUGAAGGGCGUAGGAGGUUCCUAAGCAUGACAAAUGAUUAUUCCAUUUGUCUUGAAAUACAACAUUAUGGCUGCAUGGUUGACUUGUUUUGCAAGGCUGGAUUGCUUGAAGAUGCUUUGGAAUUGAUACAAAGCAUGGAAAUUGAACCAAACUCUAUUAUUUGGGGUGCUUUACUGGGAGGGUGUAAGCUUCACAAGAACUUGGAUAUUGCUCAAAUUGUUGUCAACAAGUUGAUGAUAUUGGAGCCAAACAAUAGUGGGUAUUACAACCUUUUGGUCAACAUGUAUGCAGAAGCAAAUCGGUGGAGUGAGGUCGCUAAUAUUCGAUCAAUUAUGAAAGUAUAUGGUGUAGGAAAGACAUCUCCUGGAUCAAGUUGGAUUGAAUUGGAUAACAAGAUUGAUGUUUUUGCAGCUUCUGAUAAAUCUCACCCAUGCUUGGACAAAAUUUAUGCAGUAUUGGGUGAAUUGGACAAGCAGUUGAAGCUAGUUGGUUGUCAAACUGAAUUUCACUUUGCUUAA